AUGUCUGACCAACCAUAUUCCGAAAACGGAACCCCAGCGCCUGAGCUGCUCAAUGAAAACGAUAAAUACUCACACGAAGAUGGGCUCGAAGAGGAAAUCCAGAGAGCUAUCGCUCAGCAUGACUUGGCACAACAACUUCAUCGGGAUGGAUCUAACUCGCCAGAACGAAGUGAAGAAAACGACAAGUCUGAAGUUAAGGAGGAAUACAGCAAUACAGAUGUUUCUGUAGCCGCCGAACCUACUAUCAGCGAUAAGGAAUCGCGCACGGAUGGCAACAUUGACCAGAACAUUAAUAGUAAUAUUGAUGGUAGCAUCGAUCGAGAAAUCGAUGACAAUCUCAACAGACACAUCGAUCAGGAUUUAGAAAAUAUCGACAGAAACAUUGAUACCAGCAUUAGCAACAUCGACCAUAAUCUCGGGAAUAUGGGAACAAUGGAGAAUAUGGAAAAUGACAACAUAGAUGCUAAUCUCAAUCGCAAUGUCACCAAUGUCGAUAGCAACAUCGAUAGUAACAUCGACAAUAACAUCGACAGUAACAUCGACAGUAACAUUGACAACAACAUCAUUCAUGGCGGAAUGGAUCUCGAUGAUGAGAAACUGCAGCUUCUGAUGAUCGCCAACGAGUUGAAAAGAGCAACUUCUCAGUCGGAACACCAGGAUAACCACAACGGACAAAAUAAAGAGAUUCAAGGCCAACCACAGACGUCAGACUCGUCACAUCCAGGAUACAUUCCUCCAGAUUCCGAGCUUCUAGCGACCAACACCGCUUUGGCAGCAUACAAUGCGCUUUCAUCUCAGGUUCCUCCCGUUGCCCUGUUGACCAAUGUCCAUUUGGCUGCAGUUCCGUUGCCAAUUGUUGCACCUGACUACUUCCCAGCACGUAUUCAGCUUCUUGUCAACACCUUGCCGGUGCUAGACAAUCUCUCUACGCAGUUGCUUCGAGUCUUCGCAACUGGUCCAUAUCAGAAGAUCAUAGAUUUAGCAUCUACGCCUGAAACCCCGGCAGGCGCAGCAUUCCGAGACUUGACGUCUCUCUUCGAGUUCACCAAGCGAUUGUACUCGGAAGAAGACCCAUUUUUGACUGUUGAGCACUUGGCUCCCGGAAUGUGGAAAGAAGGAGAAAAAACUCCCAGCAUGUUCCGCAGUAGAGAGCAGACUAUUGAGUCUACUCUUCGAAAAGUCAACUUGGCCACAUUCCUUGCAGCCACUCUCGGUACCAUCGAGGUGGGUUUUUUCUACUUGAACGAGUCUUUCCUCGAUGUUUUUUGCCCAGCCAAUAACCUCGACCCUACAAACUCUAUGUCCAACAUGAGCUCAACAAAUAUGAAUCUUCAGAGUGGUGCCAAUACAGUGGUUGGUGAUAAAGUUGGUAAGCUUCUCAAGCCUCAAGCGCUGAUUUUCAUUGACUUGAAGACUCAAGCAUAUAUUUCCGCAGUUGAAGCUGGUGAAAGAUCCAGAGAAGAAAUUUUGGAAGAUAUCUUGCCCAGUAACUUGGAGCAAUUACUUCUUGAGCGUCGUGGGGUCAAGACUCUUUCACCCACCGAAGCCGACUUUGUGUCUAGAUGCCAAUCAAGAAAGGAAACAUUGUUCAACUAUCCAGAGGGGUCCAGUCUCAGUGAAGAGUACGAAUGGUUUGAAUUCUUGAAGGACCUCUUUGAGUACGUCUCGAAGAACAUGGGGUUCCUAAUUUGGGGCAAGAAGACCAAGGUCGGGGUUAAAGCUGAACGCACAGUUUCAACUCCCACAACCAGUUACACUCCACACAGCGAUGAGACGCUUACAACUGCAGAGACUACAGAAACCAGCAACAACCAGGAAAUCAAUGAUAUCACUUCAGCCCUACUUCCUAGUGAGAUCCAAGAGCAGCAGAUUCAUAUUCGAAUCAACCCUCGCAUGCAAGGCAAGGUGACCAACCGGAGACCUUGGACAAGGGAGGAAGAGAAGGCUUUACGUCAUGCACUCGAGCUAAAGGGCACACAGUGGUCUACGAUUUUGGAGCUUUUUGGCCAAGGUGGUCGGAUCAAUGAGCUGUUAAAGAAUAGAACGCAAGUUCAACUUAAAGAUAAGGCCCGUAACUGGAAGAUGUUCUUCCUUAAGCUGGGGCUUCCUGUGCCUGCGUACUUACAAAAAGUUACUGGAGAUCUUGAAAGAGACGAUAAGGUGAGAGCGAAGAAUGCUCGCAACCGAAAGACGGCAGCAGCACCUGUUCCAGCAGUCAACAAGAAGGAUGAUGGCGAAGACCGCAAGAGAAGACGUGUAAGUUGA